AUGGCCUCCGAACAGUUCGUUUCUCAGUUAAAUCAAUUUAACAUCAAUUUGGAUGAAGAAACAAUAGAAUAUAUUGGCAGCAUUCUAGGCGAUAUGUCGCUGUCAGAGCAUGAAGAAAUCAGACAGUCAACAGAGCCAUUCUUAAUAGACAGCGAUAUCAACGACGAAACACGAGAUGAUUUCUAUUCUAAGCUAUUCUCCCAUUCUGCCUCCUAUGCGAUACAACAUCAACAAAACGUUGGCCUUUCAAAGGUUAUUAAAGAAGUAAAAACCGAAUAUGAUUUGGUUUCAAAGAAGAAAAAAACUAAAGAUAAUGACGAAGAUUAUAAUGUUAGAUCAACGGUAGCAAUAACCACAACAACCAAACGCGGAACUGGCAAAAAAUUAUUGAAUAGACGAAGAAAGGACAAGAAUGCCACAGAGAGUAGCACCACUGACAGUUCAAACACAGAGCCGACGAUAGUUGCAGUCUCGCAACAAAGCCGUUUCCACACUGAAACCAUCGAAACCGCUAGUAAAGAUAUUGAUCUUCAUGGUGUACAAAUAUCUGUCAAUCAGGUCGAUCUGUUAGUUGAUGCUCAUCUGAAAUUGAAGCCCUUUGUUCGAUACGGUUUAGUUGGGCAAAAUGGUGUUGGUAAAUCUGUUUUAAUGCGAUGUUUGGCAGAUAACAUCUUGGUGGGUUUGCCACAGAAUUUGAAUAUACUUUACGUUGCUCAAUUGGAAGACUUUGAUGAAGCAACAACAGUGGUGGAAGAAGUACUUAAUGCUGACAAAGCCGCAGUUGCCGCAAUCAAAGAAUAUGAAGCCUUACAUCCUGUUAUUGGGGAUAAUGUUGCGUUUGAUAAUGAUAGUAAGAAGAAGCGGAAGAAUGCUAAGCCAAAUGAAGCUUUGAACAAUGUUGUAUUUUCCAUUAUGAAGUCUAGAAUUAACGACCGUUUAAAUGAAGCCAGCCGUAUAGCAACUAAACGCUCCGGUCUUCGAGGUCGUGUUGCUCGAAAAGAACUCAUAAAUAUUGAGAAAGAAUACGAAGACUUUUGCAAGAACAAUCCUCAGAAAUAUGUUACAGCCGAUAUGGUGAAUGAGAUUAUCACUGAAGUAUUUGAAAAAAUUGAAUUAAUCAAUCAAGAGGAACGAAAAAACCGUGCACGAAAGAUCCUUAGAGGGUUAGGUUUUAAUGAUGAACAAGCAUCAUCAAAAAUCUCAAUCUUUUCCGGAGGUUGGCGUAUGCGUAUUGCCUUGGCUAAAAGCUUAUUCAUGAAUCCUGAUGUAUUAUUAUUAGAUGAACCCACCAAUCACUUGGAUCUUCCAGCUAUUCUGUGGUUGCAAGAAUAUCUCAUUAAUGACACCGGUGAUAUGACUGUUGUAAUAGUUUCUCAUGACCGCGAAUUUUUGAACAAUGUGACAGCAGAAACAAUUAUCCUGAAGGACAAGCAAUUGAAGUACCACGAUGGUAAUUUCAAGGAUUAUGAGAAAAACACAGAAGAGCAGAGAAUCCGGAAGCAAGCAAUGCUCGAUAACAACGAGAAGAAAAAGAAGAAAAUUUUAGCAAGUAUCGAACAGAACCGCCAACAGGCUAAAGCGAGUGGUGAUGACAAGCGUCAUGGUAUGAUCAAAUCACGCCAAAAGAAGUUGGAACGGCUGGGUAUGGAAAAGACAGAAGACGGCAAACGCUUCAAGCAAAGUUAUCGUAUUGGUUGGCAUGCCACUUUACGAGAAGAAAUUAUAGUUGAGAAGGGUGUCAAGACAGCCGCUUUGAAAAUACCUGAACCUACGGAAUUGCGAUACAAUGGUCCUGUUUUUAAAGUGAGCGAAGUAUCUUUCCGUUAUCCUCACACCACGAAAAAUUCUAUUGAAAGCUUCUCCAUUACAAUUGAACCUAACGCUCGUAUUGCUUUCAUUGGACCUAAUGGCUGUGGUAAAUCAACACUAAUGAACAUGCUGGUAGGCAGAAUACAGCCCACAAAUGGUGAAAUUUAUCGACACCCACUGUUGCGUAUUGGCUACUUUUCUCAACAUAUCGUUGAUCAACUCGUCAUGACUCUUACGCCGGUUGAAUAUAUGAUGUCUAAAUAUCCUGGUUUAACACAACACGAUUGUCGCGCACAUUUUGGUUCUCUGGGUGUCUCUGGUGAUGUUGUAUUGCGCAAAAUUGAAUCUCUUAGUGGUGGCCAACGAAAUCGGAUAGCAUUUGCGCUCAUUCUUUAUGAACGGCCACAUAUAUUGGUACUUGAUGAAAUCACCAACCACCUAGAUAUGGGAACAAUUGUUAUGCUUGUGGAGGCUUUAGCCGAUUUUUCAGGAGCUGUUGUGGUGGUAAGUCAUGAUCUCUGGUUCUUAAAACAAAUAUUCGAAGCAGAAGACGGCGACAAUAAUAGCGAGAGCUCACAGCAAGAAGAAAUAGCGCCUGUUCAGAAGGAGAUUUAUACUAUAAAUGACGGUCAUGUCAAGAGAUGGGAGAAGGGAAUUGAUGCUUAUGCCGCGUCCAUUUUACGACGUGUACAAAAAUUGAACAGUUUCUAA